GCCGCGCGGACGGAGUGCGCGAGCCCGGCAGGAGCCCCGCCGGCGAGCCGAGCCGCUCGGACGCGCGCGGGUUAAUCCCUCGGGCCCGGGAGGGGCGAGCCAGGCCCAGAACCCCAGAAUCCGGGGCAGCGGGGUCCCUGACCGACGAGGAGCGCGGGGCUUCCGAUGCCGUCUCUCUGGGAUUGCGCCUCUGCCGCAGACAUGGAGAAACUCAGCGCCCUGCAGGAGCAGAAGGGCGAGCUGCGCAAGCGGCUGUCCUACACCACGCACAAGCUGGAGAAGCUGGAGACCGAGUUCGACUCCACGCGCCACUACCUGGAGAUUGAGCUGCGGCGGGCGCAGGAGGAGCUGGAGAAGGUCACGGAGAAGCUGCGCAGGGCCUCCUGUGGCAGGAUUCAGAGCAACUACAUGGCGCUGCAGAGGAUCAACCAGGAGUUGGAGGACAAGCUGUACCGCAUGGGCCAGCACUAUGAGGAAGAGAAGCGUGCGCUGAGCCACGAGAUUGUCGCUCUCAACAGCCACCUGCUGGAGGCCAAGGUGACCAUCGACAAGCUGUCGGAGGACAACGAGCUCUAUAGGAAGGACUGCAAUCUAGCGGCCCAGCUGCUGCAGUGCAGCCAGACCUACGGCAGGGUCCAUAAGGUGUCGGAGCUGCCCUUGGACUUCCAGCAGCGCGUGAGUCUGCACAUGGAGAAGCACGGCUGCAGCCUGCCGUCCCCGCUCUGCCACCCGGCCUACGCCGACAGCGUCCCGACCUGCGUCAUUGCCAAGGUGCUGGAGAAGCCCGACCCCACCAGCCUGUCGUCGUGCCUGUCGGAUGCCUCGGCCCGCGACCUGGCCUUCCGCGACGGGGUGGAGAAGCCAGGCCCGCGGCCCCCCUACAAGGGGGACAUCUACUGCAGCGACACGGCCCUCUACUGCCCCGACGAGCGGCGGCGAGACCGGAGGCCCAGCGUGGACGCAUCCGUGACCGACGUGGGAUUCCUGCGGGCCCAGAACUCCACCGACACCGCCGAGGAGGAGGAGGAGGCCGAGGCCGCGGCCUUCCCCGUGGGCUACCGCCACGAGGCCUUCCCGGGCUACGCGGGCUCGCUGCCCACAUCCAGCUCGUACUCGAGCUUCAGCGCCACGUCGGAGGAGAAGGAGCACGCGCAGGCCAGCACGCUGACCGCCUCGCAGCAGGCCAUCUACCUGAACAGCCGCGACGAGCUCUUCAACCGCAAGCCCCCGGCCGCCGCCACCUACAACGGCGGCGGCCCGCGCUUCGCCAAGGCCGCCGCCGCCGCCCCGCGCGAGGCCGAGGUGGCCCCCGGCUUCGGACGGACUGUGUCUCCGUACCCGGCCGAGCCCUUCCGCUUCCCGGCCUCCCCAGGGCCGCAGCAGGCGCUGAUGCCACCAAACCUGUGGAGCCUGCGAGCCAAGCCGGGCAGCACGCGGCUGGCCAGCGAGGACCUCCGGGGCCAGUGGCGGCCCCUGAGCGUGGAGGACAUUGGGGCCUACUCGUUCCCCGGAGGCACCGCCAGCCGCGCCUCUCCCUGCAGCUUCUCCGAACGCUACUACGGCGGCAGCAUGGGCAGCCCGGGCAAGAAGGCCGAAGGUCGCGCCAGCCCCCUCUACGCCACCUACAAGGCCGAGAGCUUCUCCGAGGGCGACGACCUGUCCCAGGGCCACCUGGCCGAGCCCUGCUUCCUGCGCAGCCUCAGCCCCAGCCGCUCGGCCGACCCGCUCCCCGGCUACGCGCCCAGCGACGGCGAUGGGGACCGGCUCGGAGUGCAGCUGUGCGGGGCCGGCAGCAGCCCUGAGCCCGAGCCGGGCUCCAGGGACUCCCUGGGGCCCAGCUCCAUGGAGGCCUCGCCCGAGAUGCACCCCGCCGCCCGCCUCAGCCCCCAGCAGGCCUUCCCUCGGACUGGAGGCGCGGGGCUGAGCCGCAAGGACAGCCUGACCAAGGCCCAGCUCUACGGAACCUUGCUCAACUAAACGCCCCACGCAGGCCACGGCCACGGGCCCUCCUCCCCACUCCCGCUCCGGCCACGUGGCACCUACAAGGGUGCAGUUCCCUUUCUCCCAAGACACCCCGUUUCCCGAGCCCCUUGUCCAGGAGGAGGCACUCCUGCCUAACCCCUCCCCGCACCCCAGCCCGGUAGAACCCCCGAGGACAACCUGCUGUAUUGUCGACGUGUCCAGCCCCGGCUACCACUACGGACCCCCGCUUAGGUGUUUUCACAUCCCCACACCCUCCCAACCCGAGGUGAGCGCCCUCCCCUUUUAUAAAGCGAUACUAUUUUUCUAAGAGAAAAGGGUCUUUCUUAACGCCCCCGGCCUCCAGCUUCUGGAUGGCUGCCUUGGCGUUUCCAACACGAAGCUCCUUCAUCUCUUCAGUGAAGGUGCAGGGGGCUUGCCCAGGGCGAAGGCGAGCGUGCCCCAGGGAGCCCGGCCUCCGCCAGCGGGGAGGCUGCAAGGCAGUGAUAAGGGAACCCCAAAAUUCUGACCACUGAGAGGGGAACGGAAACCAGUGAGGGCACAGGAAAUGUCAAAAUCCAACUUCCCACAGUGCGGCCAGCACAGUACCCCCCCCCCUCCCCCCAGCUCCUUCAUGGCCCGCAGUCCCGAGUGGGGCCGGGACGAGGUCCCAGUACGGCCCGGUGCUCGCUCCACCCCGCCCCCCGCCCCCCACACCACCUCGGUCUACCUCAGACGUAUGAGGCCCCCGCCCCACCCCGGCACUCCCUCGUCUGUGAUGCAUGCCGUCCCGUUAGUAUUG